AUGUCAAACAACAAGACGAAGCAUCGUAACACAGUCACCAAACAUCGGAGCGACGACGACAAAAAGGGCAAGGCCAAGGCCGAAUCUAUAGAACUGACCCCAGAGCUUAUCAAGGACGAUCACAGUGAUGAAAGUCACCCACUCAGCGUUCCAAGCAAUGACGAAAGUGAUACCGAAGAAUUCCAAGAAUUAACCCCCCAGCUCCUCGAAGCCAUGAGGGAAGCGGAACAAUACUAUGCAGACGACGAAUCAGAAUCGAUACCGCGUGGACAGGUCAUUGACCAUUUCGACCUAGACUUAACUAGAUGGCAAGAUGACGUUGCGAGAAGAUACGGACUAGUCGAUAACUCCGAAUAUGAUGUUUCAAUGGUCGACAAUGAGGUUUUGACGGUCUACGAUGAAGUUUCGAAGGUCAAAAUCAUGGACCCUGAGAACGCAAGAAAUGACUGCAUCAACAGCUUGCAGGCUCUUGCUCGGAACACAGAGAGACUUUGCCAGAGCGAAGAGACUUACGUUUCCGGACAAAGGAGACAAGUCGGAGAAGCCCUUGUUGAGGUCUACGAUGCAGUGGCCGAGAUGACAAGAGAUCUUGGAAUCGUGUGGGAUUGUUCUAGCGUUUGCGAAUGA